AUGAACUCAAAUGUACCGUCCAUACCAGGCUUCUAUUUCGACCCGCAGCGAAGAAGAUAUUUUAGAAUAACGGCCAACUCUGCCGAUAUAUCCCAAGAACGAUAUAAAAAAGAGACACUGUCGAGGCAGAUAACUGUCGAAAAAGUUCAAGAUCGUAUUGCGCGAAACCGAGAAAUUGGUCACUUUAGGUAUGAGCUUAUUGAGAGACAUCUGUCCGACUCAAUAGCUCGUUGUUUCGAUUAUGAACGAAUAACGCAUCAAACCUUAAACCAGAUUCGAUUAGUAGCAGACUUUGAGCAACUGUAUGAUAGCAUAAGGGCGUUAGAUCAUUACCAAUAUGAAAUACCCAAAUCUUAUCAGAUAAAACGGGAUAUUUGGUCUGAUUUAAGGCCAUUUUCGCUAGGAAGAAUGGAAACAACCGCAAGAAUAAUACGUGCAGAGAGAACUGGAAGGUACAUUGUUAUUACGAAACAAGGGACUCUCAUUAAGGUUUUGGAAAAUGGUGACUUUAUAGUUCUCAAGGAAGACUUCGAUUUUUCUGAUCCCAUGGAAGUUAUCCAUAUUGAGGAGAAUCGGUGCCGCGAUGAGCUCUUGAUCUGCAAACGGUCGAAAAAUACGUCUCGCCUGUCUUUUGAGGUGGCAAAUUUGAGUGGAGACAACAUUCAAGCUUUCCAACCUUCUAGAAACGUUGUCGGUGACUUGAACUGUGCCACUUGUCACCGUGGUAGCGUUUUGUGUGCAUCUAACGGAUUGUUACAGCUAGUGAAGGAUGACGGCUCCACUAAAACUGUUGAAAAGCCUAAAAGUGAUAUCUUGUGCAUCGAAAUUUCGAAUUUUGUAGGGUUGCCAGAUCAAAUACCUGGAUGGUUCUGCUGCCGUAACGGGUCUUUCUAUCAGUUGACAAUUCAAGAGCUGACUCCAAAGUUAAAGGAGUUUAAAUCUAGGCGAUUGUGCCAUUUCAAAGAGAGAGUCAUCAGCAUCAUUGAAGCAGGAUCCGAACAAAUUCUUUUAUCGAUGAUUGGUACAUCGCAUCAAACUAUUGGCCUAAUUGAGAAACGGCUCAUUACGGGAAAAAUAAUGCGAGGGCCUUCAACGCCUCACGACCUUAUACUCCAAAGGUUUGAAUCGCGAUUCCACAAUUUGACCCGAGAGACUGAGAUAUUUUCAGUUGAUUGCUCAGGUAGAUAUUUCAUCUAUGGUGACAAAAGAGCCAACGAUGGUAGAGGUGAUUUUGAUUUAUUCUCAACGAACUACGAAGAUAAUUUACUGCAUGCUCAAUUCGCUUUUCCGAAAGCCAUCAUUUAUGAGCGCAUAAAAGCCAUGAGCGACUGUUUUCCGGCAGAUGAGUUGAAAGACAUCAAAAAAAUAGUUAGCGUUUGUCUAGUAAGUGGAAGAAAUUCUGAAAUUACGAGAUGUCAUAAUGGUCAAUUGCCUUUCAAAGCCGACAUCGUUUUAUUUACGGAGGAUAAAAGUUCCCCCGGUUUUACCCAAAGGACAAUAAGCAUAUAA